CCUGGCAGUUGCUGUAUGGCUGAUUUAAUGCUGACUCUUGAACGUGCUCAACAAGGGAGGCUGAGAAGCGGAGACAUGACAUGAAAUCGCGCUGAUGUGUAUGAUGCAAAUAAUUUGAGGCGCCGUUUAAUUCCAAUAAAGAGGAUCCGGAGCUGAAUAUUUUGUGUUGGAUGCAAUGUCCUAUCUGAACCCACGAGGGAGAGAGCUCGAGCGUUUUGAUGGACUUUCGCUCAUUUACUGGACACUGAUGGGUCCUUAUGGAGUCGAUCGAGCAGUGCAUUCUAUGGAAUUUACAGAUUGUGAGAAUGGAUUAGGUAUUAAAGUGAUUGGAGGUGUGAAAGAACUAACAGGAGAAGAAUAUGGAGUUUAUGUGAAGAGGAUUUUACCUGGUGGCCUUGCUUCCAAUGAUGGAAAUCUGCAGCCUGGAGACCAAAUCUUAGAAGUGAACGGUGAAAGUUUGAUUGGCGUCACAAGUGAGAGAGCGGUGGAUAUUCUCAGAGCAGCUUCCUUAACCAAUCACAUGCGCCUUCUGAUAGCCAGAGAUGAGGAAGCAAGGCAGGAAUUUGCCGAGCUUCUUGAAAAAUACGGCUCCACUGGCAGCACAGGAUCUACCAGGAAUUCUCCUAUUCAACAUACAGGCAGAUACUUGGACAGCACGUCAUCAGGGUCCUCAUCCAGAUCUCAGAGUCCACUGUUGCUCAGUCCUGCUGGCUCUCAAAGUCAUUAUAACACUACUGGACCCCUGCUACGCUCCCUAAGUCACCCAGGUGAAGGGGUGAUUCAGCUCAUAACAAUUGCUCGCUCCUGCAGUCUUGGCAUUACCAUCGGCGGUGGUUCUAAUAGGUCCGACGGCCCUGCGGUCUUCAUUCAGGAAGUGCUGUCUGGAGGAGACUGCCAUCGGUCAUUCAGAAGAUUGUCAUCUCGGGUAACAUCUCAGGAUGGACGGCUCAGACCUGGAGAUCAGCUUAUCGCCAUUAACAAGGAGUCAUUGAUAGGCGUCACAUAUGAAGAGGCCAAAAGUGUCCUCAAUAAAGUCAAAAUCAGUCAGGAGCAAGUGGUGGAUAUUGCCUUCAUUCCAGGAAAAGGAACUCUCUCCACCAGCCCAUCAUUACAUAAUGGGGUUCAGAGGGGGGUUGGGAACGGUUGCAGCUCCAGCCGGUUAAAGGUUCACGUCCAAUCUCCCGAGAUGCGACGAGAGGAAACUGCCCCAGUGCUUUCAUCCUCCCCAGAUAUCUGCCCUCCAGACACACAGGUUUCAGCCACUGCACAGAGAUCAGCCACUGUUUCCAAACCCAAGAUCUCUCUGGACCCCCAUAUACGGCUUAAAUCAGAAAAAGUUGAUCUGGCUCUGUCAUAUCUAGGCCUAGAUGUUACAGAAGAAAAGAAACGGCAGCUGAGAGAGAGUUUGACUACAGACCCUCAGGGGACUGUCUCAUAUGGAGACUUUGUGGACGCCACUCGCAGUGUUUAUCAAGAGAAGCUGGAGGAGGAGGGACUAGGACAAGGACCUUUCAUGUUCUCCUAUCAGGAAGCAGCUAGUUUGAUGGACACCUCCGCCUUUCACUCCCCUACCUAUGAGUCAGAGUGCAGCUACAGCAGCGAAGAGCUGGAGGAGUUUCAGACUGAAGUCAAACAACUCCAGGUGCAAAUGAAGCAGCUCAAGGUGUUAUUAAAAGACACGGAAGAAAGUAAGAAGACUUUGGAGGAGGAACUGCAGAAGACAGCUGAGAAGGCAACAGCCACAGUGGAGGAGAACAAGUCUUUGAAGAGUAAACUGCAGGUAGCAGAAGCCGUUCAGAGACAGACGAACAGUGCUGAACAGGACUAUGAAGAGGUCAUUCACCUUCUGGAGGCUGAAAUCAAAGAUCUAAAGAACCAGCUAGCCGGAAAGAAUCAGAGGAGCCUGGGCGCUACCAAAGAGGAUGUGAUGGAUCUCAGCAGGAGGCUCACCAUCAUUGACAGCCAGUUGAGAAAAUCUGAACUGACCAGAAAACACCUGGAGAUAUCCAACAAGAAGCUCAUUGGGUUUGCCCAGAAUGUCCACAACGUUCUCACCAGCACCAGCUUGUUUGGGAUAGAAAGCGGGAGCCCACGAGCAUUUCCGGCGACUGACGUUCCAGACACGCCCUCACCCAUCCCUGACCCCGCCUGCCAGCUCGCAGCUGAGGCCAAAGAGCUUGUGGAUGGUGUCCGCUCACUUUGCACUGAGGAUCACACAUUACCGCAGUGUAUGGAGGGAAGCGGCGUGAAGGCUGGGGAGGACUGUGAUUCAGAUGUCAUUCACUGGCCACAGCCUCCUCUCCUCUGAGCUCCUGCAGCAGGGUUUCAGUAGAGGAUCUGGGAUGGACGAAGACUGGAAGGAUUCUCAGAACAUCAAGACUGAACUAAAAGAAAACUGGAAAAUAAGAGACUGAAGUUUUCCUUUUUGUUCAAGUGUUCAGUUUUUUGUUGGAUUCAAGCAAUAGCAGAGCCGGUAAAGAUAUCUCUACUGGUCAAACCGACUCCUUCGUGUACAGAUUUAACCUGUAGCGUAACUCAUUGUCAUAUUGUUUAAACAGAAGUCAAACACAGUACAUAUAUAAACAGAGGUGAAUUUAUUCUGAAUACCGUACAAAUCAUCACCAUGUGCCAUGCGCAACAUUUCACUUAAGCAGAUGAACUCGGUACUGCGCACAAUUAUGAAGAUGAAUUUGCAGUAUUUCAAAAGACAAGGAAACUUUCUGAUACUCAUUUCAUAAGAUGAUGUUUCAGUACAUUUUCCCAUUAAAGAAAAACAUGUGGCUGUGAAGCUGACCUCUCUAUUACAGUUAGGUGUAAAAUACAGUACAUGUUAGUAAUCUUAAUCAUUUGAUAUGAUGAUUAUUUGUAUCUGUUCUGAGAAGUGCUUAUGAUGCUUUGAAGAUUUUAUAUUUUGAGUCCAAAUCUUUUACUAUUCAGACAUAGAUGUGCUUGCGUGUAAAUAUGUGCGCGGUUUCUGUUAUGAACCUUGUAAAUCUCGCAGUCAAACCCUUUGACCUCCCUUCACGUCUUUGCUGAUGAUGUCAUCUGUCACGUUUGCAAUGCAGGUUAGUCCAAAAUCAUCCAGCUUCUAUUCUGUUACUAUCCAGUAUGUCCGUUCCUUUGGGGAGAUCCCCUAUGCUUUGCUUCUCGGUUGUCCACGUGACUGCACCGAUUGUUCUGGAAAGAUCUUGGUUGUCAUAGCACCAUGAGGCAAUGGAGGUCAUAUUGCAGCGUUCUGUCCCGAAUGGAUCUAUUCAGCUAAACAAUGCACAGGGUUCAGAUUACUAUCCUCAUACCUAUUGUACUCGACUGUUUUAUUUUGGAAUAUAGGAUGUGCACUCACUUAUAUCAAUGUGUAAUAAAGUGAUAUUGUUCAUUAUCGAGGAUUUAGGUGGAACUUUAUAUAACGGGCACAUGCUCUGAAAAUGCUGACAUAGUCCUGUGAUUCAACUAGUUUGCAUCAUGUGUGGCCUAAAUAUCUUUUUAUGUUUUUAUUAAAGUCAGAACAAAUGUGUGUUGUGCAUUUUCUUUUUUUAUUAUAAGGAAAUAUUAUGUGCAGUAACUACACAUUUUGUUUGUUAUAACUCUAAGGCAAAAAUGAUAUAAAGUCACAGUGAAAUAAUAAAAUAUUUUCAUGAAAUAUUGCAGUGUUUAUUGUAUAUAGCUUAUCAAUGUGGGUCAUUCUCUUUUUAAUAUUCAUGUGCCCUCAUAAUCUGAAAAUGCACUUCCAACUCUAGCGACUAUCCACCUCAGAUGACUCCUCCCCUUCAACUAUCAGUCUGCUACCAGUUACAUUUCAAAAUGCAACGGUUGUUCCCUUUCUGGGGUUCGUCCUUGAGAACCAAUCGCUUCCGACUUCUUAGAAAAGGCCAAUGAAAUUGGCGAAUUAAAUUUGCAUGCCGGACUCCGCCCCCGGAUAUCUGGGUAUAAACAUUCAUUCACCUUUUGUUCUUCGGAGCCUUCGCUCAUGAUCAACAGACUUCACUACAAGAUAGCAACUACAAGACUGCUGGUUCUACGACGUGGUGCAGCGGACUGUCCCUACCUGCGGCAACUUCCCCUGGGCGUAUCGGCGGUUCCAGAAGUGUUCGAGUUUUUUCUCUAAAAGAGCUAAUUUCUCCAGUGUGGCAUGUCCCGCUGUUCUCGUGAGUGCAACACACUCAUCGAGGAGGGGGACGGACAUGAGGACUGCUUCCAGUACGCUGGGGCAGCCGUCACGGGUGGCUGUGCUCCCACGGGACUCAGCCACCACCUCGUCUGCUUCCCGUUCCGUGACAGCAGUGGCUACGGCCCUGCCAUCCGCUACGGCAAGCAGCGAGGGUGAUAUAAAGGAUUACUGUGAGCGGUAAUCCGUCAGCCACCGGCUCGCCGACCGUUCGCACCUCGUCUCGCUCGUCUGACCGUUCCCCAUGAGACGGUCCCACCAUCUUGUUCCUCAACCACGUAUUCGGAAACGGUGCGUGAUGAUGAGAUGUCCGUUGCAGCAUCGGAGGGUGACUUAUUGGCAUCGGACUCCGACGAUUCCUCGGAGCUUCCUCCCUCGGGGGGUCGAGCCCAGGAAGAAGCGGACGUGGAAAUGUCAGCCAUGCUUUCCCAGGCCGCCGGCAUUGGGUUGCAGUGCACUGCACUGCCUCUCCCAACGCUCGCAGCUGGAUACAUGGUACCUCGGGUUUGAGAGCAGCUCCAAGCCGCACUCGCCCCCAGUGCAGUGUUUUCCCGGAAGUGCAUGAGGAACUUAGUACGACCUGGAAAGCCCCCUUUCGGCGUGUGCACGUCAACUAGUUCCAUCGCCCUUUCUUCCCUCGAUGGUGGGGCAGCUAGAGGAUACGUCGAUGUCCCCCAGGGGCUCGACCUAGACUCCCGUCCAAAGCAUGUAGGUUUUUCGGCAUCUUAGGUGUCGAGAGCUUACUCUGCUGCGGGCCAAGCUGUCCCCUCUCUCCACACUUGGCCAUCCUGCAGGUCCAUCAGGCCAAGGCGUUGAGAGAGCUCCACGAGGGUAAGACCGGCCCAGCACUUAUGCAGGAACUCCGCGCCGUCACCGACCUCGCUCUACGGGUGACCAAGGUGACCGUGCGGGCCCUGGGUCGGGCGAUGUCCACACUUGUGGUCCAGGAGAGACACCUCUGGCUGAACCUUGCACAGAUGAGUAAUGCCGAGAAAGUCCGCUUUCUCGACACCAUCUCGCAAGGGGGGGCUGUUUGGUGAUACUGUCGAGCCGCAGUUCUCGACAGUAAAGAAGCAGACAGAGGAUAUCAAGCAUAUCCUCCCCCGCCGCGAUUCGGCCGCCCUCUGGCCGUCGAGAUCCCGUGCACAGUCUGCUUCCCAGCAGCCCUGGUCCUCUUCGACGCCUUCCGGUUUCGGCGCCCCCCACUCAGGCGGCCCCCUGGAAGAAGACAUCAAAGAGGAGACCACCACCCCCGUCAGCAGCCACGGCAGAAGCCGAAGCGGCCCUCAUGGGAAGUCCCUAGGGAAAUCAAGAAUAACUUCUGGCCCGACCCCAGACAUUCCAUCGCUGGUUGGUCGAUCAACAGCCCACUUCUAAGAGUUUUCUCUCUCUCUGGGUGUUUAUCACAGCCGCUCACACCCUCUACACGACGGUGUUCGGCAACUCGAUGUUGCGUCACGGCGAGACCCAAUGUCGAGGAUAAUCAGCAGCCUAAGCACUCUCAAUCGACGGUGCGUUGUGCUACAUCAUCGUCUGGGUAUUAUCACAGCCGCUCUCACCCUCUACACGAUGGUGUUCGGCAACUCAACGUUGAGGCGAGACCCAAUGUCGAGGAUAAUCAUCAGCCUAAGCACUCUCAAUCGAUGGUGCGUUGUGCUACAUCAUCGCCAGGCAGGUAAAACAGCAGAGCCGAUCUCCUCUCCGGGGGCCCCCCCACGGCGAGGGAUCCGCACUGCCGGCCAUCGAAACCACCCCCCGGGAGGUAGAUGAAGCAGAACGUACCCCUAGCCUCCCUGUAUCGGUCCCUGGGAGCCUGACAAGGCUUCCCAAACCGUCACGGUGACUACGGGAUACGAUCCGUCUCGGCUACGCAGUCCAACUCCCCAGACGCCCGCCCAAGUUUUGGGGCAUCCUCUCAAACCUCAGUCAAAGGCAAGGAUGCUCCCAUGCUUCGGGCCGAGGUCGCCACCCCUCUGGAGAGGAAGCGAUCGUGCUCAUCCCUCUAGCCGAGAUGUUCAACGGGUUUUACAGCCCGUACUUCAUCGUCCCCAAAAAGGGGGUUGCUAGAUCUGCGUACCAUGAACAGGCACCUACUCAAGCUGCCGUUCAGGAUGCUCACGCAGAAGCGCAUCCUGGCAUCUAUCAGAUGUCAAGAUUGGUUCAUGGCAAUCAACCUGAAGGAUGCUUACUUUCAUGUCUCGAUUCUCCCUCGUCAUCGCCCGUUCCUAUGGUUCAACUUUCGAAGGUCGGGCAUAUUAGUACAGAGUCCUCCCUUUCGGUCUGUCCCUGUCCCCACGAGACUUCACGAAGAUCGUGGAAGCUGCCCGCUCAGGGAGAGAGGUGUGCGGGUACUAAACUAUCUCAACAAAUGGCUCAUUUGACACACUCGCGAGAUCUGUUAUGUACACACAGGGACCUAGUGCUUCGGCACCUAGAUCGAUUGGGACCACAGGUCAACCGAGAAAAGAGCAAGCUCUCCCUUGUGCAGAGCAUCCUCGUUCUUGGUAUGGAACUCAACUCUGUCUCCAUUACAGCGCGACUGACUACAGAGCGUGCUCAGUCAGUGUUGAACUGCCUGGAAUAUUUCAAGCAGUCAGCGGUCCCACUGAAACAAAUUCAGAGGCUCCUGGGCACAUGGCAUCCUCGGCGGGGGUGAUACCCCUCGGGUUGAUGCACAUGAGACCGCUACAACACUGGCUACAGAGUCGAGUUCCCUGAAGAGCGUGGCACACCGGCAGCAGGCGGAUGGUGAUUACGCCUCUCUGCCAACGCACCCUAACCCCUGGUCUUCACUGACCAUUCUACGGACAGGGGUCCCUCUCGAGUUGGAUGUGCUACCCGCACUGAAGGGGCUACAACCUCUCGUGCAGAACAAGCACAUGCUGGUCCGGUCGGACAGCACAACUGCGGUAGCGUAUAUAAACCGCCAGGGUGGCGUUCGCUCACGGCAGCUAACAUGACUCGCCCGACGCCUCCUCCUGUGGAGUCCGCAGGUGAGCAGAUCCCUGCGAGCCACACAUCCCAGGCCACCUGAACCAGACAGCCGAUGCGCUCUCUCGUCAGUUGACGCCUCGCGGAGAGUGGCGACUCCACCCCCACACAGUCCAGCUCAUUGGGUACAGUUCGGGUGGGCUCAGGUAGACCUGUUUGCCUCCCUGGACACCACCCAUUGCCCGCUAGGGUACUUCCCAUCCGAGGCCCCCCUCGGCACGGAUGCUCUAGUGCACAGCUGGCAGGGGGACAAGCGGAAGUACGCCUUCCCCCCAGUGAGCCUCAUUGCACAGACCCUGUGCAAGGUCAGGGAAGAGGAGCAUCAAGUGUACUAGUUGCACCAUACUGGCCCAACCGGACUUGGUUCUCGGAGCUAAUGCUCUUGACGACAGCUCCCCCCUGGCCGAUUCCCUUGAUGAAGGACCUGCUUUCCCAGGGGAAGGGCACGUUAUGGCAUCCCAGGCCAGACCUCUGGAACCUCCAUGUCUGGCCCCUGGACGGGACAAGGAGAUCCUGAGUGGCCUACCCCCUGCGGCGGUUAAGACCAUCACUCAGGCUAGGGCCCUGGCCACUAGGUGGCUAUACGCCUGUAAGUGGUGCCUCUUCUCAUCCUGGUGCUCUUCUCGAAGAGAAGACCCGCGGAGUUGCUCGAUCGGGAACGUGCUGUCCUUCCGGAGACUCGAGAGUAAUCUCUCCCCUUCCACACUGAACGUGUAUGUAGCCGCUAUUGCCGCUCAUCACGACUCAGUUGCUGGUAAGUCUCUAGGACAGCACAACCUGAUCAUUUGGUUCCUAAGGGGCGCGGGAAGGCUACCACCUCACCCCCGCUCCGUACCCUCUUGCGACCUUGAUGCAGUCCUGGAGCCCCUCGGAGAUGCCGCUCUUUCUCACCUCACGAUGAAGACGACUCUCCGGAUGGCGCUCAAGAGGGUAGUGGACCUACAAGCAUUCUCCGUGUCCACAGAUAGCCUAGAACACCAGGUGGUGAACUUACAGGCGCUCCCCACCGGGGAGGAAGACCCAACCCCAUCCGUGUUGUGUCCAGUACGCGCAUUGCGCCUCUGCUUGGACCGCACGCAGAGCCGCAGGAGCUCUGAGCAGCUCUUUGUCUGUUUUGGAGAUCAGCAGAAGGGGAGAGCGGUCUCAAACAGAGAUUGGCGCACUGGAUCAUGGACGCCGUCACUACGGCGUACCUGUCCUAAGUUUGCCCGCGCCCACUGGGUGAGAGCUCUCUCCACACGGAGUAUAGCCUCCUCGUGGGCACUGGCUCGAGGCGCCUCUCUGGCAGACAUCUGCAGAGCUGCGGGUUGGGCUACACCCAUCACCUUUGCGAGGUCCUACAGCCUCUGCAUAAAACCGGUAUCAGCUCGAGUCUUGCAGGGCAUCAGGCAAGACCGGCGGCCGGUAGGGUGUACGCCUAUGACAGUACCUUCCCCCCUUUCUUCUAGGUGGGUCAGCGUACUAAAUUAUCCUCCCUUCUUCCCCCACUGGGUGAAGAACAGGCACUCCAUCCAUCACUAAGCAAG